UAAUCAAUGCCUAAUAAUGCCCAUUUUUCUAUUACUCAGUUCAUUUGAAAACAACUAUGACUUAGUUUUAUAUUUACAAAUAUUACUUUAUUUCUUUUUUGACCUACUCCUGGUCUCCUGUCAUUUUGCAAAAAUAACCCCUGGAAACAGCAGAUGCACUUGGAAAGAGGUGAAGCAGGUGGUAUUCAGCUUGUUGCAGUGUUACUGAUUGAUGCCACUAAAUCCUACAAACUGGUCCUUUAAGUGACAUGUCUGCGAAAACCUCACAAAAAUCAUUACCGUAAAAACCUCUUUUUCACCAAACAGCUUCAUUACCAGAAAGUGUUACGUGAAUGUGGUUUUGUGGACUUCCCUAUUAAGAAAUCUUCUCUUAGAUGGAAUAUGUAUCAGUGUCACUCUGUGCGUUUCAUAUCAGUUGCUGUGAAAUAAUAUGUCUGAUUGUCAUGCCCUGACGUUUAGAGUCUCUUCUCUUCAGGACAAAAGCAUCGAGGAGCAGCUGUCGAUGGGGAUUCGCUACUUUGAUCUUCGUGUUGCACAUAAACCCAGUGAUUCAUCCAGUGACCUGUACUUCACACACGUCAUAUACACACACUUAACAGUUAUGGAAACACUUGUGUCUGUUGCCUCCUGGCUGAAGUCUCACCCAAAGGAGGUUGUCAUCCUCGCUUGCAGCCAUUUGGAGGGAAUGGACGACGCACGCCAUGAAUCGUUCAUUUACUCCCUGAAGAACCUGUUUGGCUCCAAACUGUGUCCGCGGAAGGAAUCGGUCCUGACCUUGAGGAGUCUGUGGGCAUCUGGUUACCAGGUCAUCCUGUCCUACGACUCCCAGGUUGCAGCGAGACAUGAGGAGCUGUGGCUCGCCAUCCCUUACUGGUGGGCCAACCAGCAAACGGCACAAGGAGUGAUCAGUUACUUGGACUGGAACAAAGAGCUGGGACGUCCCGAGGGUUUUUUCGUCUCUGGCCUGAACCUGACAGCUGAUAGGGGUUACAUCGCUAAGAACCGGAAGGAAUCCCUGCGGACGUUGACUUACAGCAACUGGGACAGUUUGAGCAAAUGGGUGGAGGAGCAGAUACCUGGAUCGGACCCCAAAAGCCUCAACAUCAUCGCAGGGGACUUCGUCGGGCCGCUUCCGCUCUGCUCUCAAGUGAUCGCACUAAACCACAAACUGCGACGGAAGAAUUCCAGCCAGAUAAAGAAGCAAUAUUAGCCACGACUCUAAAAGCCACAUUUUACCUCAUUUUAUGUUUACUCAGCUUCUCUCAAUUUAUAUAAAAUUUAAUCAUCACAGUUUUAACAGAAAAACCUGCAGUUUCUGUAUUUCUUACACUUAGUUUAUAUUUUUUUUAAUCUAAAUCUAUUAUGUGCAAUCAGUAUAUGUUUACAAGAAAAAAAAAAACUUAAACUGUUACAAAUUUGUAUCUUUAGAUAUUUUAUUAUGCUGUACAAUAAUAAAUUCUUUUCUUAUGGA